AAUAGGUAGUCGGCUCAUAUAAAAAUGCCCUUCUCAGACGGCGACGGCUACGGCGACGGCAGUAAUGGAAGGUGAAAGCCGGAAGCCACUUGCAAUUCGUUGGGUAUCGUCCACGGACUCGCCCGAGUUCACUUGCUUCACUCGUGCUCUGAGUCGCUCGUCGGUCAUCGGGCUAGACGCCGAAUGGAAGCCUCAUCGAGCCCAGCAGUCGACGUUCCCCACCGUGUCGCUCCUCCAGAUUGCCUGCCGACUGGCCUCCGACGGGUCGACUCGCCGCCAGGAUGAGUCGUUGGUUUUUUUGCUCGACCUCUUGGCGGUUCCGCUUCCCUCAAUCUACCAACUGUUGAAGGACAUGUUUGGAUCGCCUGAUAUUUUGAAGUUAGGGUUUCGGUUCAAACAGGAUCUGGUCUACUUGUCUUCCACUUUCUGCUCUCAAGGCUGCGAUCCUGGCUUCGAUAGGGUGGAACCCUUUCUGGAUAUAACAAGCAUAUACAAUUAUCUACAACACAAGCAACCAGGACGGAAGACAGCGAAGGAAGUCAAGAGCUUGGCAACUAUUUGUGAGGAAACGUUGGGAAUUUCUCUUUCUAAGGAACUUCAAUGUAGUGAUUGGUCACUUCGUCCACUUACAGAAGAGCAAAAAGCAUAUGCAGCUGCAGAUGCACAUUGUUUGCUAGAAUUAUUUAAUGUAUUCCAGAUCAAGGUUAUCAAAGAAGGAAAUUCGUUUCAUAACAUUAAAGAUCUUGGUUUCUCUCACCUGGAUCUGGGGCUGAAGGAGAUUCUCAAGCAGCCUUAUAGUUGUGAUAAAAUUUUGAGGACCAGAUACUGUGAUGCUGUGGAGAUUGUCCAAGCAACUGCUUCUUCUGAAUUCUAUCUAAGAAUACCUAUGACAAGGGGAGAAAUAUCUAAGAAGUCUUGCAUAAAUACUGCACCCAUGGAUGAUACCCUCUCACAGAUUGUUAGAAAAUAUGGUGAUAAAAUACGAUUAAAGGAAUCUGACAGAAAACCUAAAACAUCCAGAAAGAAAGGAAAAAGAAAAUUCUCUGAAGGGUCUGUACAGAAAGAAAGGCAAUUAGAAAGUAGUGAUGAUUGGCAAGGUCCGCCUCCAUGGGAUUUGUCCUUAGGUGGUGAUGGAUGCCCAAAGUUUCUAUGUGAUGUAAUGGUAGAAGGCUUGGCAAAGCAUCUGCGGUGUGUUGGGCUAGAUGCUGCGGUCCCUUAUUCUAAAAAGCCUGGAACCAGGGACCUAAUAGAGCAAGCACACAGAGAGAAGAGGAUACUUCUGACGCGAGAUGCCAAACUUUUGAGACAUGAAUAUUUGUUAAAAUAUCAAAUAUAUAGAGUGAAGAGUCUUUUGAAAAAUGAACAGCUUCUGGAGGUAAUUGAAACCUUCCAAUUGAAAAUUAGUGAGGAUCAGUUAAUGUCAAGAUGCACCAAAUGCAAUGGUAGGUUUAUUCAAAAACCACUAACAACAGAGGAGGCAGUUGAAGCUGCAAAGGGAUUCCAAGUGAUUCCCAACUGCUUGUUUGACAAGAAUUUAGAUUUUUGGCAGUGCAUGGACUGCAAUCAGCUUUAUUGGGAGGGAACCCAGUACCAUAAUGCUGUACAAAAGUUUAUUGACGUUUGCAAGCUAAAUGAGUAACUUGAAGGCCAUAACCGUGGCACAUCUUGGCAUGAUGUCUAAUGGAGCAUAAAAGUUAUGCAUAUUUGUAUGGUUACAUGUAUUUCUCCUGAUUUGAGAAACUGUCCAAUGCAUAUUCCGUUUUGGUUUGUGAAUGAAGGUCGGAAUUGUGUGGAUGAAACCAUGUUCUGAACUUUGUGGCCAUAUGAAUUUGUUCUGUUCAUUUUGCAUAUGCUCAUCCAUGUUUGUUGAAAGGCUGGAUGGUCUCUAUCAGCCGAUGGUUUCUUCCCAUAUCAAUGAAAGGAUUUGGCGGCACUGGCUCACCACAUGAAAGGUACGAUAGUGACGGUAGUUUUAGAUGAAUGCUUAUGGGGUUUACCUUAUUUAUGUUUUGCUGCAUGAAAUCCAUUACUCGUGCAGUUCUUGCUGGAAAUGUGAAAGUUUGAUAUCUAUUGCCUAAAAGAUUAGGACCAUGGGACCUAACUUCCAUAGAUGAGUUGGCUUUGUUUGUUCAGGGCCAAAGGGGAAGGGUACAAGUGGAAUGCUGAGGUUUUUCUUUUCAUUGAUUGAUGAGGUAAUAUAAGAAGGUUCAGUUUGUGUUUAACUUCCAAUAUUUGUCUUAAAUAUUUCCAAUGGGAUAAUGGAGGCACUAAUAUUUUGUGAUAGGCGUCACAUUAUAUUAAUAUAGUUGUUAGGCAAAGCAUCAUGUGACACAGAUGCAGCAUUUUAGAGGCUGAAAAUGGUAGGAAGCCUGAACUGAGUCAAAUUGUAGCUUUAGUGGUAGGGUCCACCAAAGUUGGACGGAGCUAAAUCUAAAUUAUUUUUCUUUUUCUUAAAAAAGAUUAUGUUGUUGCUAGUGUGAAGGGUGAUUUAGUAGUUUCGUAACCAAUGAAUGGAUGAGAAUGUCUUCAAUAAAUUUGUUUUGAAAUUUCUUUUUAGAAAUAUGUUUGAAAACAUUCUAAUAUCAGGUACUACAAGAUGCUUUUAUUGGUUUUGAAAAUUGAUCGGGUAGGUAAAAUUUAUGAGAAAUAUGUAUACAAAUUGUUUAAUGGAAUUGCUUAAAGGUUUUUGAGAAAUUGCUUGUUCAGCCACGUUAUGGUCUAGUUUCAUUUGGUGAUUGAUUAUAUGAAUUUAGUUAGUUCUCUACCCAUCUUCUUUCAGUGUCAUGUUUUGUUAAAAAUUUCGUUUUUUUGUUGCUGUUUCCAGAAGUCUAAUGAACUGUUAAUUUGAAUUUAAAAGUAAUUUAGAGUAAACAGGAAGGGACAAUAGAAGCAUAUUAUGGAUUGGAUGAUGCUUUGUGACGCGUGAAUGAGUUAAACUGAAGUAGGGACCAGGGAAUCUGUCCAUGAGUGACGCGAUGCCUCUGCCGCUGCUGCUGCUGCUGCCGCUGCCUCUGAUGUUUUUCCAAAUCAAAUCAAAUCAAAUCAAAUCCAAUCCAAGUACGUACAUAUAGAUAUAUAUAUUUGGCAAUGGAAUGGAGUCUUGGUAUCUAACAAUUGUUCUGUGGUGUACCUGCAAUUGCUGACCAUUUUGUGCAAUUACUACAGCCACUAGUCUGGUUCUAGAAUCUAGCAUUUGUUUAUCCAACUAAAACUUUAGUGAUGUUCUGGGUAACAGCAUCAAGAAGGUUUAAAUUUUAAUAAAAAGAUAAAUGUUAUAAAAGUGAUUACAAAUUUAAA